AAGGAAGGUAUUGACAAACCAUCAGUUCUUCACAAGCAAUCGUGUGAACAAGACAACCUUCCCAAAAAAGAAAAUAAUACUUCAAUUUAAAAAAUGUUUCUUCUAAAAUCAAUCUGUGCCUUGACAGUCAUUGCCUUUGUUGCAGCUUCAGUUCUUAAUAAACCAAAGAAGGAUAGCAGAAUUGUGGGUGGAGAAGUGGCAGCCGAAGGAUCAGCACCCUACCAAGUAUCUAUUCAACUAAGCAAGGACCACAUCUGUGGAGGAGCUCUAAUUGACAAGAGAUGGGUCCUUACUGCUGCUCACUGCCUUCACGGAUUUAAUCCUGAUUCCGUGACCAUUCUGGUUGGAACUAAUGACCUCAAUAGCGGAGGAGUGCGAUACAGAUGUGAGAAGUUCAUCAUUCACAGCCGAUACAACCGACCAGAAUUUGCCAACGAUGUUGGUUUAAUCAAGCUCAAGACCAACGUUCAACUCGAUGAUAAAAUCAAUACCAUCGAAUAUGACUACAGAGCCGUUCCCGAUGGAGCUGUCGUGAGACUGACUGGAUGGGGUCGCCUUUCUGCCGGAGGUCCAAUUCCCAAUCUCCUGCAAACUAUCAAUCUCACCUACGUCAACCAUGAAGAGUGCCAAAAAUACUACGGACCCAACAGAUCUGUAGUAGACAUUGGCCACUUGUGCACCUUCCAGGGCAAAGGUCAGGGAGCCUGCAACGGUGACAGUGGAAGUCCCUUGGUCUACAAAAAUCGCGUAGUUGCCCUAACCAAUUGGGGAAUCCCUUGCGCUGUAGGAAUGCCUGAUGCCCAUUGCAGGGUGUCCUACUACCACGACUGGAUUCGUACAACCAUAAAUUCCAACUAAAAAGUAAUUGUAAAAACUUUUGGCUUCCACUUAUCUCGGUAUUUGGAGACCAUUUGAAAAUGAAUAAAAAAAAAUUUCUUAACUUUAAA